AUGAUGGCCGCAACAGUCAUCUUCCUCACCGGUGAGGAGAUGGACGUGGCGGCAUGCACAACCUUUGAUAAACGCCUCUUAUCAAAAUCCGGUCCAGAUAGCCCAAGCAUUGCCGGACUUCGUGGCAAAGAGCGAUGCCGUUCAUGGCAUCUUUGCCUUUCCGCGUUACGACUUCCCUUCGGCGGACUUUUUGGAGAGAUCGGCGACGCUGAAGGAGAGGCUCAACGGUGUCACUUGCUGCAACGCUUACUAGAGUAUCUCCUGGGCAAGAAGCCAGAGCCCAAGUUGAUUUACGUCGCCGGUUAUCUGUUGCCUUACCCGAUCACCCCGGAGAACCCCGACCGCGCUGUACUGGUCUCGGUUUGUAAGGGUAACUCACUGCGCGCCCCCGCCAACUCUCCCACUCCGACCACCUACAAUAACUUCAACCCCAACAAAGCCCUCAAGUCAGGCAUCCGCGCCUCUGCCCGCGCAGAAAAGCACGAUCCCCAGCGACUCUGGAGGCAGCCAGUUCCCGGCAACGGGGAAGGGAGGCUCCUCCAAAAAUACAAAGCUCGAUGA